AUGGCAACCCCGUUUGGACAGGAUAAGGAGGAGGUCUACGCCAAGCUGUGUGCAGGGACAUCUGCGGUAAAGAGGAUCACCAAGUUCGACCCAGAGGGGCUGGUGACGCAGAUCGCCGCGCAGAUCGACGAUUUCUCGGUGGGGGAGUUCAUCGACGCCAAGAAUGCGAGACGUAUGGACGACGUCGUCAAGUACACGAUCGUGUCUGGCAGGCAGGCCCUCGUGGACGCUGGCCUCGGGAUGGAGUCCGACGGCUUCGCGGCCCUGGAUAAGCAGAGGUGCGGCAUCUUGAUCGGGUCAGCCAUGGGUGGCUCGUCUUUGCAGACGUCGAUGGACAACAUGGAGAAGCUGCUCCAGGGCAAGAAGAUGUCGCCCUUCUUCGUUCCAUACACUCUGGUCAACGUGCCAGGUGGUCUGCUCUCAAUCGACGUUGGCUUCACAGGCCCCAACUACGCUGUGGUCACGGCAUGCGCGACAGGCAAUUAUUGCAUUUCCGCGGCUGCUGGCCACAUCCAGCGCGGGGAAUGCGACCUUGUCCUCGCAGGCGGCGCCGAGGCUGCCGUGACGCGCGCAGGCAUCGCCGGAUUCAACGCGUGCAAGGCCCUGUCCUCGCGCAACGACGAGCCAGAGAGGGCGUCCCGCCCCUGGGACAAGGGCCGCGACGGCUUCGUCAUGGGCGAGGGUGCCGGCGUGCUGUGCCUGGAGUCCCUCGAGCACGCGCAGCGGCGCGGCGCGGAGAUCUACGCGGAGUACGCGGGCGGCGCCUACACCUCCGACGCGCACCACAUGACGGAGCCGCACCCCCAGGGUGCGGGAGUCUCCCGCUGCAUCAAGGGCGCGCUGGCGAACGCCGGCGUCGAGGCGGGCGAGGUGGGCUACAUCAACUGCCACGGCACCUCCACGCCCGCGGGGGACAUGGCGGAGGUCCGGGCCAUCCAGAAGGCGCUGGGCAGCACCGACCGCGUGGUAGUCAACAGCACCAAGUCUAUGCUGGGCCACUGCCUCGGGGCCGCCGCCGGCAUCGAGGCCGUCGUCUGCGUGCAGGCGCUUCGGCAUCAGAAGGUGCACCCGACCCUGAACCUGGAGGACCGCGAGGACGGCUUCGACCUCCACGCGCCCACGCAGGCCCUGGAGCUGCCAGGCCUCAGGGUCGCCGCGAACAACAGCUUCGGCUUCGGCGGCCACAACAGCUGCGUGAUCUUCAAAAGGUGGGAGGAGUGA